UUGCGAGCGCGACGUAGCCGGAAGCUGGUGGCGGCUGCUGGGCGCCCGGGCGCGUCCCCGUUUCCGUGCGGCGAUCCGACCCCGGCUCCGGCCCGACCCCGGCGGCCCCGUCCGCCCCCCGCCAGGAUCAUGGCCAGCCCAAGAACCAGGAAGGUUCUUAAAGAAAUCAGGGUGCAGGAUGAGAACAACGUUUGUUUUGAGUGUGGCGCAUUCAAUCCUCAAUGGGUCAGUGUGACCUACGGCAUCUGGAUCUGCCUGGAGUGCUCGGGGCGACACCGUGGGCUCGGGGUGCACCUCAGCUUUGUACGCUCCGUGACUAUGGACAAGUGGAAGGGCCUUGAGCUUGAGAAGAUGAAGGCGGGCGGGAACGCCAAGUUCCGCGAGUUCCUGCAGUCGCAGGAGGAUUACGAUCCUUGCUGGUCCUUGCAGGAGAAGUACAACAGCAGAGCCGCGGCCCUCUUCAGGGAUAAGGUGGCCGCUCUGGCCGAAGGCAGAGAGUGGUCUCUGGAGUCGUCACCUGCCCAGAACUGGACCCCGCCUCAGCCCAGGAUGCUGCCGUCCGCGGCGCACCGAGCCUCCGGCCAGCCGCACAAUGUGGCCGCCCCCUCGGACAAGGCUUUGGAAGACUGGCUGAAUGAUGACCUAGGCUCCUAUCAAGGGACCCAAGGGAAUCGCUACGUGGGGUUUGGGAACACAGCACCACCUCAGAAAAAAGAAGAUGAUUUCCUCAACAAUGCCAUGUCUUCCCUGUACUCGGGCUGGAGCAGCUUCACCACUGGAGCCAGCAGGUUCGCCUCAGCGGCCAAGGAGGGCGCUACAAAAUUUGGAUCCCAAGCAAGUCAGAAGUUUUGGGGUCACAAGCCGCAGCCGGAGCCGGCGUCCGAGCUGGGCCACAGCCUGAACGAGAGCGUCCUCAAGCCCGCGCAGGAGAAGGUGAAGGAGGGAAAGAUUUUUGAUGAUGUGUCCAGUGGGGUCUCUCAGUUGGCAUCCAAGGUCCAGGGAGUCAGCAGUAAGGGAUGGCGGGACGUCACCACCUUUUUUUCGGGGAAAGCAGAGGGCCCCUUGGACAGCCCCUCCGAGGGCCACAGUUACCAGAACAGCGGUCCGGACCACUUCCAGAACAGCGCCAUAGACCAGAGCUUCUGGGAGACUUUCGGGAGCACCGAGUCCGCCAAGGCCCGGAAGUCCCCGAGCAGCGACAGCUGGACCUGCGCGGACACGUCCGCGGAGAGGAGGAGCUCCGACAGCUGGGAGGUGUGGGGCUCGGCGUCCCCCAACAGGAACAGCCACAGCGACGGCGGGGAGGGCGCGGAGGGCGCCAGGAAGGCGGGGCCGCCGGCCGUGCCCGCCGACGACGGCUGGGAUGACCCGAACUGGUAGGGCCGCCGCGGGCCGCCCUGUCCCCGGCGCCCGGGUGACUUCGUGUUUGCGCUCUGCCCUCGUUCUCCUUCCAUUUGACCCAAGGACCGGCGGCCGCAGUGUGAGGACAGCGUCUCGGGAGGCGGGACUCCGGGGAGACUCGGGUUCGCGCCGCCUGUCCGCCGUGGGAGUCGGCGCGUGGGCGGCCUGCUCUCCGUCCCGCGCUCCUGGACUCCAGCAGGGCCUGGCGUGGCUCACUGGGAGGUGGGCUGCGGCACGGACCCUCGCGACUGCGUUCCGGCGGCAGGUUUGACACGUCUCCGGGGUCAGGGAGCAGCCACGUGCCGGGCUGUCGGCGAUGAGAGGAGCCACGUCUCCUGGAGAUGAGUUUAACUCUGAGUUUGCUUUAGAUCUUUCUCUUUGAAGAAAGCGAGUGGAGGCUAAAGAUGGAAAUGCCGAAGGUGACGCUGGCGCUCACACUGCCGCCGACCGCCCUCGCUCCCGCGUCCACGCCUGCCUGGGCCUGUGCCGUCAAAUCCGUGUCAUCAGCCUCAGUGGCUUCCCCGCAUCAGCCUCGUCCAGCCACAGUCGCCACAUUCACCGGACGCACCUCCCAGCGGCCGUGCCCGAGCUAUUCUCAGUGCUGGAACCUGACUGUCCCGGAACACCCCUGUUACAACACAGGAGUGUGGGGGCGGUGCAGGGGCUGUGACAGUAGGAGGGGCCCGGAUUCAGGAGCUGAGCUGGGGUCACCUGUGUGCAGUGCCUGGGCCUGGGGAGGGUCCAUCUCCUGGUUGGCCCGCAGCACGCAGCUGUGCCCGCAUCCCUCCGCCGCCGCCUUCUGGCUUCUCCGUCCUUUGAGUCCGAUUGGCUGCCUUGAACCUGCCCUGCAGACCGGUGCCCGCCCCAUGCCGACCUUCCCUGAGGACUGGAUGACGUGCUGCUGCGUGUGACUCAGUCUCCCUCAUCUGCCGCGUGUGACCCUCCGUCUGGCCAGCGUGCGUGUGCCAGAAGCUUGUGCAGUGUGUGAGGUGCCCUCCCCUGCCGCCGUGGCCUCAGCCGCACUCCCUGAUCACCCCGCUUUCCGACCGCCGUCUGCAGCGCUCCUGGAGCCCUGUGCACGUCCCACCUCAGGGACUCGGCCACCUGCGGCACAGGAUGGGCCCUAGAUUUCAGGGGGCCCUCCUGGCACCCGCUCCUCCCUGUGGGCACCAGCCCCCUUGGUAGCUGACGUGGAGGGCCUGUGCACUUGGCUGCCACGGACAGACUUGGUCACCAAAGCAGCCACCUGCUGUAGUUGGGCCUGGGGUCAGGGGCUCGGGGUGCUGAGAAGCCUCAGGGCAAAGUGGCCAGCACAGAGGUCCCAGGAAGUCAACCCUGGAGAGCAGAGCUGAGGUCUUGGAAUGUCUCUCUUGAGCUGAGGCUUGGGCGGCCUCGUGGUUUUCCCCAAGGGCUGCUUGGAUCCUGGUGGGCUGAUCACUCUGAGGAGGGGUGGACUCCGCAUGCCCAUUUCUACACCGGCGCCUUGACUUGGCAGCACGAACUCAAGCUCUUCCCCCCGCCCCCCGGGAAGGUGCCUUGCUUGGGGGCAGCGUGACAGUCCCUUCUGAUGGGAAGUGCAGUCAGUGUUGGGAGGGAGGGUUCGGGGCCACCUUCGGAAGGGGAUGUGGUGGCUGAGACCCCUCUGCAGAGGGUGAGGGCCUUUCCCUUCUGCAGGUGCGGGCAGGUGUCCCGGGACGGGCGCUGGGGCCUCUCCUGGCUGUGUGAGGGCCCACGUGGAAGGCACGGAGCUGGCAGCAUUCCAAUAAAGCACACGGAACGUCUGGGUACAUCCCAA